AUGAAACAGGAGAUAACAAAGGUGAAGAAAGAGAUUGAAACAAAGGAUCAACUGAUAGACAAGUAUCGUAAUAAGGUCAAGGAUUGGAAGGCACAUUUCGAGCCAUUGUACAAAGAGCAAUAUGAGACAUUGAACUCAUCUGGCCAAGUGUUUGGUGCCAACAGCACCGACAUGCCCUUCUCACCAAUGCAGACACCCAUACCCAAUACUCCGAGCAUUCUCUCAUCACUAUCACAGCGAACGCCACCCGUUUUCCAUCUUGCCGGUGGAGGCACCGUCAGUGGACUUCCAGGAUCAUCACUGCUUUGA